ACGAAAAUAUUUUCGGGAGCAAGAGGAGUAUUGCUGAGCUGCGAAUACUGAAUAGUUUAACCCGCGAAUCUGAGUCUCUAGGGUUUCACUUUCCCUUUCUCUUUCUUUUUUCUGAUUCUUAAUCACUUUCAUCUCUUUUCUUCUAAAUCAAAUCAAAUAUCUCGCAUCGCUCCUUCGAUACACCGCCUCGCUCUUCACCUUUCGCCGCUGCGGUCAUUGAAGAGAGGUAAUUUCUGACCGGAAUGGCAUUGGUUGUGAUCUGCGGGCAACCAUGCAGUGGCAAAUCCAAAGCAGCACUCUGUCUAGCUGAAUCUCUCAAAGAAUCCGAAGUGAAGUACCAAGUGAGGAUCAUUGAUGAAGCUUCCUUUCAUCUAGAUCGCAAUGAGAGCUAUGCAAAUAUGCCUUCUGAGAAGAAUCUGAGAGGAGUGCUUCGCUCCGAAGUGGAUAGAUCUGUGGCCAAAGACAAUAUCAUUAUAGUGGACUCUUUGAAUAGCAUCAAGGGUUAUCGAUACGAGUUAUGGUGUUUGGCUCGUGCAGCAGGGAUUAGAUACUGUGUUGUUUACUGUGAUGUGGAGGAAAACAAUUGUAGGAAGUGGAACGAGGAGCGCAGGGCGAAAGGCGAAGCUAGUUACAAUGAUACUAUCUUUGAUGAUUUGGUGAGGAGGUUUGAGAGACCUGAUAGCAGAAACCGGUGGGAUGCGCCGUUGUUUGAGCUAUGGCCUCACAGAGAUGGAAUAGACAAAUCUUGUGCUGCCAUUGUGGAUGCUGUCUCAUACUUGACCAAGAAGGUGGAUUCCAAAACCAGGGAUGUCAAGAUAUUGCAGCCUACUAUUGCGACUCAGACAAGUCGUUUUUCGGAUGCGAAUUCUCUGUAUGAGUUGGACAAGGCAACACAGGAGGUGACAAACACUAUAGCUGAGGCGCAAUCACAAUCUUUUGGUGGACCUCUUGUUGGUAUUUCUGUGGGGAAAGACUUGCCUACUAUCAAUAUUUCAAGGCCAGUUGGGCUGCCGGAGCUUCGCAGGAUGCGGCGAACCUUCAUCAAACUGACGGGGCAAACAAGUUUAAGCGGGCCACCACCUCCUUCGGACGCAGACAGCGCAAAGAGAAUGUUUAUUGACUAUUUGAAUAGGGAAUUAGGAACUUCUUAAGGAAACAGUUUGGGAUCAAACUUCAUAGAUUGAUUGGGAUAAAAACAGCUGCAAUAUUUUUGUACUAUUAGAUUCUGAGCUAUUUUAUAUGUUUAUUUGGAAGGGAGAUGGAGAUCAACUAAAAGAUGGAAACUAAAUUAAGUUUCUCUGUUAUGUUUGAUGUAAAAUAUAUUAGACUAAAUUAUGUCUAUCUCAA